AACUCUCGGUAUGUGGAGUGUAUAGUUGUUUCGAAAAAAUUUAAAAAUUAAUUAAACAAUAUUAUAAGUUAGAUACAUUACCAUAAAUAUUAUAUUUUGGGGGCUCAUCAUAUUCGGCUAAGAUAGACAAGCGCGCCAAUACAUAAAUAUAGAAACAUACAAAAAUGGGAAAGCUACUAUCGAAAAUAUUCGGCAAUAAAGAAAUGAGGAUAUUAAUGUUAGGCCUCGAUGCUGCUGGAAAAACAACUAUAUUAUAUAAAUUAAAAUUAGGACAGAGUGUAACAACAAUACCGACAGUAGGAUUUAAUGUUGAAACAGUAACAUAUAAAAAUGUCAAAUUCAAUGUAUGGGAUGUAGGAGGUCAAGAUAAAAUUAGACCACUUUGGCGACAUUACUAUACAGGAACUCAAGGACUAAUUUUUGUGGUGGACUGUGCAGACAGAGAUCGAAUUGAUGAAGCACGCCAAGAACUACAUAGAAUUAUUAAUGAUAGGGAGAUGCGUGAUGCAAUUAUUUUAAUAUUUGCCAAUAAACAAGAUUUACCUGAUGCAAUGAAACCCCACGAAAUUCAAGAAAAACUUGGACUAACACGAAUUCGUGAUCGAAAUUGGUAUGUGCAGCCUUCCUGUGCGACAUCCGGAGAUGGGCUUUAUGAAGGACUCACGUGGUUAACAUCAAAUCACAAGUUAUGAGAGUAAAUUUAAUCUUCAACAUUAUUUUCUUCUUCUUAAUGUUUAUCAAUCGUUAUUGUCUAUGCGAUAGUUCUUCUUUUCUUCUAUGAUUAUAUAUUUUUUGGUUUAAUUUUUUAUUAAAAUUAAUAUUUAAAAAAAAGCAAAACUGAGAAGCAAAAAAACACAAAAAUUUAUGAGUAGCAAAUGAAUGUACUGGAUGGCUAGCAAUUAAAUUAGCUUUCGUCCAGAUGAAAAAGAAAAGAGAAGAUAUUUGUAUGAGGAUCCAUCCUUUUAAAAGAGAUAGUCUCUUUUUUUUGCAAUGCAUGAGUAAUUUUAAUAGAAUACAAGAUUGGUGGAUGUAUUCAUACAUAAAACUGUAGACUGAUAACGAUUAACAUUAAAAUUUACACUCCUUUCUGCGAAAUUAUUGUUAUUACUUAAAACUUAUAAAUCUGACAAAAUUCAUGUUUGCUCAACACGUGCAACAUUUGUCAUAAAUGACUGUGUCUCGAGAUGAAAUAUGUCACAUGCGACAUAUUUUUGUCGCGACACAGACACAUUUAAAAAAUUAUAUGUUCCAUGCAACAGUUGUUUGCAAUCAUUAUGUUGAACUUCAGUUUUUAACUCUAAAUUAUGUAUUUAUGCUGACUUUAAUGCUGUGUAAAAAUUACAAGACCAUUCGUACGGUUAAUAAACACGUUUUUGCAUGAAUACAUCCAUACAUCUCAAUGAAACAAAACAAAAAAAAAAUUUAUAAUUCACAUUAAUUGAUAUCAAUCGACGAUACAAAAAGAAUAAUGUCAUAUAGAAACAAAUUUCAUUAAAAUUAUAAGAGAAAGAAAAACUAAAUUAAAUGAAGGUGAAAUAUCUUUGUUAAUAAUUUGCACACAUUGUCUGAUUGUGCAAAUGAGUAA